AUAUAGCCAGCUACAAGACUGAUCGUUUCAGUUACGAACUCUUCAGGUCAGGAUUUGUCCAGUUUUCUCCUUUUGCUCCUAUAUAUCGAUCGUUUCAGACUAGCCUGAUUCUGCUACAGUUCUUGUAAGAUUUUUGUCAUUUGACUCGCGCGAUGUCGACGACAAACGGAGUCCACGUGGUCGACCCUCGUCCGUGAAAAUCGUGGUCUUUCGAACCAGAUCGAGUGAAAAAUUUGAUCGCCAACGUCGAGGUGAACACGUAUAGGACCAUGUGUUCGGCAACGUAAACAGUAAAAUUAUUUUCUUGCGAAACGAACCACCGAAGCGAACCAUUGGUGGUGACUUGGACGAAAAGAAAGCGAUCUCGCGAUAAUCGGUCGCUUUUUCGUUCAAAUCGAUCGAUUAAUUUAUGAUUUCCGAGAAAAUGCCACCGCAAGAGAAAUUUGGAACCUCCGUUCAUUUGAACGAUCGCGAAAAUAACGCGGUGACCUGUCGCAACUCGAUGAAUCCUCAAACGCGAGAAGCAGACAGGAAUGUCAAAGAAGAGACGAAAGACAUAGAUUUCGACGAAUUGUUGCCGUACGUCGGGGACUUUGGUCUUUAUCAGAAGAUCCUGUUUAUUCUGAUGAUCCCUUUUGCUUCGUUCGUCGCAUGGGUCUACUUCUCGCAGAUCUUCAUCACUCUGAUACCGGAUGAUCACUGGUGCUGGGUACCGGAACUGCAGAAUCUCACAGCGAACGAAAGGCUGUCGCUGGCGAUACCAGUCAACCGCGAAGGUUACUCGAGAUGCAGCAUGUACGAUGUAAAUUACACGGAGAUUUUGCUAAAUGGAAGCCACGUGCCGGACUCAUCGUGGCCAACGAAAGAUUGCCAACAAGGAUGGGAAUUUAAUUACACCACCGUCCCUUAUGCGUCUGUGGCAUCCGAGCUGGGAUGGGUUUGUCAGUACGAUGCACUACCAACUAUAGCUCAAAGUAUCUUCUUCAUCGGCGCUAUCUUCGGAGGAUUAAUUUUUGGAUGGAUCGCUGAUCAAUAUGGAAGAAUACCAGCUUUGAUCGGAGCUAAUUUAAUGGGGUUUCUCGCUGGGGUGGUUACUGCGUUCACGGUUAGCUUCUGGCAGUUUACUUUGUGUCGUUUCUUCGUUGGAUUCGCCUUCGAUAAUUGCUUCACUAUGAUGUAUAUAUUAGUAUUAGAAUACGUUGGACCAAAGUGGAGGACAUUCGUGGCGAAUAUGUCGAUUGCAAUAUUCUUCACGUUUGCAACUUGCAUUCUACCCUGGAUCGCCUAUUAUUUGGCCGACUGGAGGAUGACCUGUAUUGUCACCUCGGUUCCUCUUGUUCUAGCCGUAGCGACGCCAUGGUUGAUACCGGAAAGCGCUCGAUGGCUGGUUAGCCAAGGUCAGAUAGACAGGGCCAUUAAAAUCCUUGGUAAAUUCGAGCGAAUAAACGGCACCAAGGUGCCUGAUGACAUCUAUAAACGAUUCCGGGAAACCUGUGCCAGAAUCUGCAAAGAGGAGGAAGCAGACAAAACGUACUCCGUGUUGGAUCUAUUUAGAACGCCACGACUACGGAAUAUCACGAUUCUAUUUAUCGUUAUUUGGAUGGCGAUUUCUUUGGUGUUCGAUGGUCACGUACGAAACGUCGAUAAUUUAGGUCUGGACGUGUUUGUUACGUUUACGAUUGCUGCAGCAACCGAGCUGCCUGCUGACACGUUCCUCACGCUCGUUCUCGAUCGAUGGGGCAGAAGAUGGCUGGCGUGUGGUUCCCUCGUCAUUUCCGGUAUCUUCAGCAUCUGGGCUUCCGCCGUUUCCAAUAGUAUAUAUACAGCUUCUCUGGCAAUUCUCGGCCGAUUUUGGAUAAACAUUUCAUACAAUAUCGGCCUCCAAUAUGCUGCUGAAGUAUUACCAACUGUGGUUAGAGCUCAGGGUGUAGCUUUGAUACAUAUAAUGGGAUACGUUGCUAGUAUCCUCGCACCGUUCGUAGUGUAUCUCAAUGUUGUGUCGUCGUUCCUGCCUCUUCUUGUGCUGGGUACACUCGGAAUUAUGGGUGGUCUUCUAACUCUCUUUUUGCCGGAAACGUUGAAUAAGGAUCUUCCGCAGACGCUGCAAGACGGCGAGGAUUUUGGAAAAGAUCAGAAGAUGUGGGAUGUACCUUGUAUCGGAAGGAAACGCGAGGAUGAGGAGACACCACCGGUCGCCAUGUUCCGAUCAUUUUCUAGAUGCAGUGCGAGGAAUUCGAUGAGAGCGUCGCUUCGCGGUGAACCUUUAAGGAGUAGCAUGCUACGGAGAUCGAGUAUAAAAUCGAAGAAAAGCGAAAACUCGAUCACAGAGGUUGAAAGGCUGUAGCGAAGCGUUCACCACGGAGUACAAUAUUUGUCGCGUUGAUCUCGAGCAAAGAAUCUUUAGUCUUCCAAAAGUGUGCAAUAUAUGUAUUAGAGUAAGACAAGUUACUGAAUCCAGGAAUCUUAAAUUCCACCGUCAUUAAUAUUCAUUAUCACAAAACAGCGGAUUUUUAUGCAAUUAUGGGUGAUUCGAAGAUACGAAAAUUCAUAGAAUGCAUAUGACGCAAAAAUAUGUAAAAUAUCCAAAAUACAGUACUAUCGUUGAUAUUUGAUGGAUAGAAACAAACUUUUGCCCAAGUCCUUUCUAUUGUAUCGAAUCUUUCAGUUGUAUUAUUGUAUCCUCGAAAAUAUGAAUUUGCAUAAAGAUCCGCAAUGCAAUUAUCAUCACAAUUUUUCAUUAACAAUGAUUGACUAAAAAUUCAAUCAUUAGGCGAGCGAAUAAAAAUUAGAGUAAGAACGUAGGUUAAAAUAAUUGUCGUAAAUCGUAAACUCGUGAGUAGUUAAUGAUAAAAAUUAGUACUCUCCUUUGUUAUCAAAGUUCCUGAAAUUGUUCGUACAAAAGCUCCAUCUUAUAGAAUAUAGUGCAAUAAUCGUUAUACUAGUAAAAUAAUAACAUCAUAAAUAUGAAAAAUAUAUUAACGAGAUGAAAAUAACAUGGACAACGUGGUGUAUGGCCACGAGUUUUGUACAUAUGUACGUGUAAGUGUUUGUAGAUCGAUUAGAAAUCACCGAGACCUCGAGCGGAUGUCACGCGACGAGAUAGCGCGAUUAUUUUUAUUACGAUGUAAAUCGUUCUUAGACGUUUUGUAAUAAAACUUGCCAGUAAAACCUU